AUGGCGGAAACGGACUACGACUUAAUAUCAUCGUACGCUGGACUUUUGAGUCUUGCUGUGACAUCGAUUGUGGCUGGCUCGUAUGGUUCUAUUCCUGCUUCAAAGCACAAGAAAGAAGGUGUCACGGGCGGAACGGAAGAUGACGACGACGACGAAGAUAUCACUGAUCGUCUUUCGUCGGAAGACGCCUGGCUGUUUCCUGUGUUCGGAUCCAUCACGCUUUUUGGAAUGUACCUUGUAGUGAAGUACCUUGGAAAGGAAUGGAUCAACUGGUUCCUCGGCUGGUACUUUGCGAUCACUGGGGUGGCUAGCGUGUGGAAAUCAUCGAUUGCGCUUUAUCGAUGGACAAUAGGCGAAGAGCGCUGGAAGAAGUACGACAGGGUUCGUUUCCUUACGACAAAGGGUGGCAAAGAACUCCUAUCGAUAUCUUUCCGCACACCUUCUUUUGUGCUGCUUCCACUCAGCGCCAUCCCGUCGGUUCUAUACUCCUUCCCCGAACUAGUACCCUCCCUUCUGGCCGCCGUCCACGCGCUGGCACCCACGGUUUUCCCUGACCUUUCAGAACAAUUCUCCUCGACGAAGGAUGCAAAGCGCUCCGCACUUCUGACGGACAUCCUUGCGCUCUCUUUCUCCCACAAUGCUCUUAGCCUGCUCAAGAUUGACUCCUUCAAGACGGGCACGAUCCUUCUUUCCGGCCUGUUCCUAUAUGACAUUUGGUGGGUGUUCGGGACGGAAGUGAUGGUGAAAGUUGCCACGAACCUCGACGUCCCCAUUAAGCUUCUUUGGCCCAAGAGCCUGGUGUUCUCCACAGAACGCGGCUUCACCAUGCUCGGCCUCGGCGACAUCGUCAUCCCGGGCACAUUCAUCGCGCUGGCACUGCGAUAUGACCACCACCGAGCUUCUCUCUCACAGGCUCAAAGCGGCGGUGGAUACCCUAAGCCGUACUUCAAUGCGGCGUUGCUUGCUUAUGUCCUCGGGCUGGGCACGACGAUGACGGUGAUGCAUGUGUUCCGCGCUGCGCAGCCGGCGCUACUAUAUCUCAGCCCGGCGUGCAUCCUUUCGUUUUUCAUAACCGCGUUCCGCACGUGUCAAUUAAAAGAAGCAUGGGCGUGGCAUGACGAAGCACCGAAACCCGAGAAAGAGGGAGACUUGACCAAGGAACAGGUGGAGAAGAAGGACCAAUAA